GAGGAAGAAGAAGAAGAAGACGAAGAAGAGGAAGAAGAAGAAGAAGAGGAGGAGGAGGAGGCGGCGGCGGCGCUGACGGAGCUGCUCAUUGAUGACGUCACAGGUGGAUCAGCUGGACUCUGCUCGACGAUCGACAGCUUCUGUCUGCAGCAGCGAGCUCCUCGUGGCUGGAGACGAACGUUUACCCUCCUCUUCUCCUCUUCUCCUCCCUCUCUUCUCCUCCCCCUCUCUCUCUCCAUCUCCUCCCCUCGUCCCUGUGACCGGUCACAAUGAGCAGCGACUCAGUGAAACUCUCCAGAAACCUCCUGCGCAUGAAGUUCAUGCAGCGAGGUCUGGACGCCGAGACCAAGAAGCAGCUGGAGGAGGACGAGAGGAGAAUCAUCAGCGACGAGCACUGGUACCUGGACCUGCCGGAGCUCCGGGCUAAAGAGAACCUGCUGGUGGAGGAGAAGAGCUUCGUUCCCUGUGAGGACCUGAGGUUCGGCCGCAUGUCGUUCAGAGGGUUUAAUCCAGAAGUGGAGAAGCUGAUGACGCUGAUGAACCCGAGAGACGAGGAGGAGAAACAGGAGGAGACGAGCAGGAUGCAGACGGACGUCACCGACGAGGAAAUGGCUCUGAGGUACGAAAGUCUCGUCGGGAGCAUGAAGAGGAAGUUUGCGAAGAAGCGCCAGCGAACGUCGACAGACGAGGACGUCAAUCAGAACGUGACGGAGACGAGCACGAAGAAAGUUUUUCUCAAACCUCAAGACUGAACUGUUGUCAUGGAAACGACUCGGACGAUCCGCUGCCGUGUUUUUUAUGGAAACGUCAGCGUCUGAGAAUCGGUGGAUGUUAUACAUCCUGUUUUUAUUUUUUAAUAUUCAUCUUUGAGCAGCUGGGACAGUUUUCAGGCUCAUUAAAAACUGAACUCAA